CACUUUCUCCUUCUCUCUGUAGGUUCAUUCAGGUAAUUGUUAGUAAAAAUCAAACCAACUUUCUUUUUUUUUCCUAGUGAGAGUGAGCAAGAGACAUCUUCAUUUUUCUAUCUUCCUGAAGGAUCCAGAAUUAGCUGUUUAUUGUUUGUUCUGUUAUGACAACAUAUAACAAGAAGUCUGCAUAUAUUGAUCUUUGCAGGUUAUUAGCAAGAUAUUAAAAAUGGAAGCCAUUCACAUCAAUAUGUCAAGCAAUUCUCCUAUGAAUCACACAACUAAUUCUGAACUCAAGACAAAGAGACCUCGGGUCAUGUCAAAAAGUGGACACAGCAAUGUAAGGAUUGACAAAGUUGAUGGCAUCUAUCUACUUUACCUUCAGGAUUUAUGGACAACAGUUAUAGACAUGAAAUGGAGGUACAAACUCUCACUAUUUGCUGCCACUUUUGUGGUGACCUGGUUCCUAUUUGGAGUCAUCUAUUUUGUGAUUGCAUUUAUUCAUGGGGAUUUGGAACCAAAUGAGCAUUUCCCAAAUCAAACAGCCUGCAUUAUGAAAGUCAACUCUUUAACUGGUGCAUUUCUCUUUUCUCUUGAAUCCCAGACAACUAUUGGAUAUGGUGUACGUUUUGUCACUGAAGAGUGUCCUCAUGCCAUUUUCUUGCUGGUUACUCAACUAGUUAUAACAACCUUAAUUGAGAUCUUUAUCACUGGCACUUUCCUGGCCAAAAUUGCAAGACCUAAAAAACGGGCUGAGACCAUUAAGUUUAGCCAUUGUGCAGUCAUUACUAAACACAAUGGGAAGUUAUGUCUGGUGAUUCAAGUGGCCAACAUGAGGAAAAGUCUGUUGAUCCAAUGCCAGCUUUCUGGCAAGCUCCUCAAGACUCACCUUACUAAAGAAGGGGAAAGAAUACUACUCAACCAAGCCACUGUCAAGUUUCAUGUGGACUCUUCUUCUGAAAGUCCCUUCCUUAUUCUACCCAUGACAUUUUAUCAUGUUCUGGAUGAAACAAGUCCCCUGAGAGAUCUGACAUCACAAAAUCUGAAAGAAAAGGAUUUUGAAUUGGUAGUUCUUCUCAACGCCACAGUGGAGUCCACUAGUGCUGUCUGCCAGAGCCGAACAUCUUAUAUACCAGAAGAGAUCUACUGGGGAUUUGAAUUUGUACCUGUUGUAUCUCUCUCCAAAAAUGGAAAAUAUGUGGCUGAUUUCAGUCAGUUUGAAGAAAUUCGAAGAAGUUCAGACUGUACUUUUUAUUGUGUAGACCCAGAAAAACAAAAACUUGAAAUGAAAUACAGGGAGGAAGAGCAAAGAGAUAGAGAACUUAGGACAAUGUUGUUACAACACAGUAAUAUGUAAUUACAUUGGAAUCUAAAAUUUUAACUUUACAAGCUAAUUCUCCAAAUUAUAAAAGGGUAAGAAUCUAUAGAAUAUAAGCUCUUGAGGACAGAAACUUUGUCACUCUUGUCUUUGCAUCUCCAGUCCCCAGUAAAGUGCCUUGCAUAUAGUAGGUACUUAAUACAAGUGUGUUGAAUUAAAUUAUUCUGUCUUCUAUGAAGCUAUUAAUUAUAAAUAUUUACAGGGGCCAUUAAAAAGUGCCAUAAGAGAGGGGGAAAAAGUGGAUCCUUCCUUUAUAUUCAGCCAAAAAAAAUAUUUUUCUACAUGAAAAAUUCCUUGACUGUACUUACUAUGUUUUUUUUUUAAUCUCUCAAAAAUAAAAUAUUCUAAUAAUGAGUUUGGAAGAACUUGGUCAAGUAUAAUUCUAAGAAUUUCACUCCUUCCAGAAGAUUGAUAAACAUCAAUGGAAUAGAUACUUAAAGGAAACAGGGUUGUGUAAAGAUAAUUAUACAAGGUAUUUAUUUGGUUCAAAGAGUGACAAAAUAGACAAAAAUGAUGUAGCCAUAAUUUAAAUCUUGUUUUUUGGAGAAAAUUAUGUUAAUGUUUGCUUGAAUUGAUAGUUGGCUACACUUUAACAGAUUUCUAAAAGCAUUAGUUUCUUAAAGUUAGUUACUUUUUACCACUUAUAUACUAAAUGGUUUGCUUUAUAUUUAUUAUCUAGAGUGAUUAAACAAAACAGUGAUUAAAUAUCAUUAAGAUUUAUUUCUUCAGGAUGUCAUUUGAGAAGAUAUUCUAGAAAUGAGUGUGUUCAAGGUAAUUUGUUCGGUUGUGGACAACAAGAGUGAGUUAUUUUAUAAAUUAAUUGCUUUUGCUGAGUUGUUUCCUACCUCUUUUUUAUUUUUUUUUUAAACAGAACAUUGGAUUCUAGGAGGGAGAAAAAUGGAAAUGAUGAUGAUGUAAAAAAAGAUAAACAUUAAUAAAAAUAUGUUUUGUUAGUUAAAUUACUUGUCUAUGGGCACAUAGGAUGUGUCAGAGGUAGAACUUGAUUGUACUGACUUCAAGGCCAUUCUUCUUUCCAUUAUGUCAUGACAUUUUUUUGUCUUUCUACACUUGACACAAAAUAGUGUAAUAUAAUAUGUAAGACAGCAAUGCUCAUGUGUAUAUUUCCUUUCUUUAUUGAAUUCUUUCAGUUUGCAUUUGAUUCACUUGAGUACAAUUUUGCCUUAAGGUUUUCUCCAAUUGCAGCAUAUUCAUAAAAGAUUCUUAGAAAACUAAUAAUGAGAACUUUUUUCAACAAUGCUUUGUUUGUAACAUCUAGACUUAGAAUAGCAUAGGACAUAUUCCUCAAAGGUAUUCAUUAUUGUUGUGGAAGAUAUUUCACAUAGAUUACAAAAGAAAGAGGGAUUCAUUGAUAGUAAGGUCCCAUAAGAUCUCAUGUUUGUAGGUGACAUGCUAAGUUCAUCAAGUUCAGAUCAUUGCAGAACCACUUAAAUGAGAUUCAUAAACUCAUGAGUUUGACUUUGGAAAGCAAAGAAGAUGAAGAAUAUAUAUUUUUAACAUUGCAAAUUAUAGUUUGAUGGAAAUUCCAUAGACCUAAUCUUUGAAGACAUACAUCUUGGACAAACAAUGUAGAUGAAUAAUCUCUCCUGUGAUUGAAAAGAAUGAAGUGCUGAAUUGCCUUUGGGAAAUCAUAUAAUCUUUUGAAAAACUCCAAGUUUCUCUCUGAAACAAAGGCUUAUGUUUUUAAUAUCAGCAUUCUUCUGACAAUAUUCUGGUUCCAAGUUAUGGAAUACAAUGAUUUCUUUAAAAUUAAAUUUAUGAUUCAUUCACAUUAUAUAACUGGCAAAAUAAAUUACAAUAUCUCGCCAAUGAGGAACUAGAUGGCAUAAUCAGGGAGCUCUGGAUCUGGAGUCAGAAAGAUAAUUCACAUCCAGAUUCAGAUAUUUACUAGCUAUGUAACCAGGGAUAAUUCUUAACUUCAGUCUGCCUCAUUUUCCUCCUCUGUAAAAUGGCAAUAAUAAGUACCUACUUCCCAGAGUUGUUGUGAAAAUAAAAUGUUAUAACAUUUGUAAAGUUCUCUACAAAUUUUCAAGUGCUACAUAAAUAAUAACUAUUAUUAUUAUUAUAAAGACAUCAUAGAAAUGCUUGACAAAACAGAGGCAGAAAAUUAUCAUAUAGAAAAAGAAAACCAAUGGAGAAUCCAGGUAUUUUGUUGAUGAUGAAUCAACAUCAAGAAACUUAAAGCCCACUAAUUCACAGAAUGAAGAGAAAUAGAAAUAGUGCUAUAUACUUCCUUGAGACACAAUGCCCACACUGCUAAGAAAACAAAUCUAUUGAUAUAACAAAGAUGUAAAAUAAAGCAAAUCUGAAUAAAAGUCAAAUAGCUCAAGCAAUAGUUUAUAGGAAUAUUUUAAAUAAUAUUGCAUGAGUCUUCUGAUAUGUUCACUUAGCAACCUUUGAUUUAAGUAAAGAUUGUGAUAUUUAAUUGGUUUUAUGCAGAACAAGUUUGCAGAGAAUCUAAAAAAUAAUUUCAGUAAUAAAUUGAGAUGAUGUCAGUAUAAAAUAUAUAGAGUGUAUUUUUUUUUUCUGAUUGCAAUCCGAACAGAUACAUCCACUCAUACUGAUUAUAUAUAAAACUAUGAUCUGGUCAAAGUAUAUAGGUAAUAAACAAAUUUCUUAUAUUUGAAGUUUUCUGAUGCUAAAAAAUUCACACUAAACAUACUUUCACUAAGCUUUGGCAUUUUGAAAAUUUUCUGGUACAUAAAGCUUUCUUAUUGGAAACUUUUAAAAAAUCAUUUUGUUUCUUCUUGAAUACCCUAAAUAAACAUCAAAAUAGCAUUGCAAUCUGUAAACAGUGCCUUAUUUCAGUAAUAAAAUAUGCUUUUUAUCCCCUUUCACUCAAUGAUCUCAAACUAUUUUGUGAACAUUAACAAACUAAUAUUAAUUUUCAGAUUCUCAUAAUAGGAUUGAUAUAUGCCAUUCCAAUUUUGUUGUCCAAAAUGUGCUGCAAGAAUCCUUGAAACACACUUUAAAAUGAAUCAUAUGUUGUUUGUUGAAAGAUAUUAAAACAAUCCUUUAGAGGAUUUUACUACAAGGGUUCUGUUACCAUGGACAAUAACUGACCUAUAGUAAAAGAAUAAUUAAAAAAUAUUUUGGUCAAAAUAGCAACUAAAAAAUUCAUUCAACUGGGUAGUUUCUUAUCACCGUUCUAAAGAACUGAUUUGGUCAACUAGUCAACAAAUACUUAUUAAGUACCUACUAUGCUACAAGAUACUAUAGAUACCC